AUGGAAUAUUAAAACCGAGAAAAAAUAAGCAAAAUUAGUUAGUCAUAAUAGUUGUAUAAAUUCAAUAUGCUUUUCUCCUGGUGCCACAUUAGCAUCUGGCAAUAGAGAUAAUUCGAUUCUUUUAUGGGAUGUUAAGAUAGGAAUAUAAAAAUUCAAAUUAAUUGGUCUUUAUUAGUGAAAUUUUCAGUUUUGUUCUCUCCUGAUGGCACCACAUCUACAUUCGGGAGCUAGGAUAGCUCAAUUUCCAAAUUAGAUGAUCAUAUGUCAAUUCAGUCUGCUUUCCUCCUGAUGGUUCUACAUUGGCAUCUGGUAGCUAUGACAAAUCUAUCUGUAUAUGGGAUCUUAAAAUAGGAUAAUAAAGACAAACGAGAUGGUCAUAUCGAAUAUUUCCGAUCAGUUUGGUUCUCUCUGGUAGUUAUGAUAAAUCUUACCUUAUAUAGGGAAUGA